AUGAAGUCUUCAAUUAUCCUCGCCAUCAGCGCUUUCACAGCUGCUUCUGUCGCCCAAUCUCUCACCGACCUGCCAUCAUGUGGUCAAACUUGUAUCAGCAACAUGCUCGCUUUGGCUCCAUCUCUUGGUUGCCCCAAUGCUGAUGUCGCAUGUCUUUGCCAGAACGCAGACUUUGGUUACGGUAUUCGUGACUGCUCCAAUGCUGCUUGCGGUACUGCAGAUGCCACUCCUGUUAUUGCUUAUGGCGCGAGCUAUUGUGCAGCUGCUCUUGCAUCUGCUUCCUCGGGUUCAGCUACCACUUUGGCUACAUCUACGAGCGGUUCAUCUGAUUCUUCUGUUGCUGCUGCUAGCUCUUCUGCCAGUUCUUCUGCACUCACCACCUCUGCCCUUUUCGCAACUGUUACUUCAGGUUCCGAAACCAUCACAUCCACAGUUGGUUCUACUACAAUUUACGGUGCUGGAGGUGUUGGUAUCUUAUCCUCAACUCCAAUCUCUACCCAGGCCGUCGUUUCCACCAUCACAAGCGGUGAUUCUACCUUUGAGUCAACUGUUGGAUCUUCCACCAUCUACAGCACCCCAAGUGGAACUGAGGAAUCAUCUUCUGCUAUUACCACCUCUGCUAUCCUCUCCACCGUCACCAGUGGUUCUUCCACUUUUGAGACAACUGUUGGAUCUACUACCAUCUUCGGUGGUGGAGGUGCCGUCGGUGUGAUUUCAAAUGCUGCUUCCUCAGCUUCCGAUGUUGCCUCCAGUGCCGGAUCCGCCGUAUCUUCCCUAGAAUCUUCCGCUUCUUCUGCAGUUUCAAGUGCGUCCAGCGCGGUUUCAUCCGCUACAUCAGCUACUUCCAACAGGGUUUCUUCUGCCACUUCAGCGGCUGGUAGUGCUGCAUCAUCCGCAACCUCGGUAGCUAUGGCAGCUCUCCCAACUGGUGCUACCGGUUUGAUGGCCGCCGCUGGUCUCGCUGCUCUUCUUUUGUAA